UUUCUACUCCUACUGCUCCUACUAUAAAACUCCACGCCAUGCUACCGUUUCUUGUUGCACUAAAAAAAUGGGUUCUUUGUCUGUUCUUGACGAGCAAUUGCAAUACCCCGCUGCCCGUCGGGACGAUUCUGUCGUCGACAACUACCACGGCGUUGCUGUCUCCGACCCUUACCGAUGGCUUGAGGACCCAGACUCUGAGGAGACGAAGGAAUUUGUGGAGAAGCAGGUCAAACUAACGGAUUCUGUGCUCAAGACUUGCGAGACCAGAGAAAAGCUUCGUGAAAAGAUUACAGCACUCUUCGAUUUCCCCCGCUAUGAUGCUCCUUUUAGGGCUGCUAACAAGUACUUUUACUUUCACAACACGGGUCUUCAACCCCAAAGUGUUCUCUACGUUCAGGAUGGUUUGGAUGGAAAGCCGGAGGUGCUGCUUGAUCCUAACACAUUGAGCGAGGAUGGAACUGUGGCAUUGAGGGCUUACGCUGUCAGCGAGGAUGCUGAGUACUUGGCUUAUGGGAUCAGUUCCAGUGGGAGUGAUUGGGUCACCAUUCAAGUCUUGCGGAUUCAAGACAAGCAUGUGCUACCCGAUACUGUUUCCUGGGUUAAGUUUUCGAAUAUCAGUUGGACCCAUGAUAGCAAAGGAUUUUUCUAUAGCCGAUACCCUGCUCCAAAGGAGGGAGAUAAUCUGGAUGCUGGGACAGAGACCAAUGCCAACCUAAAUCACGAGUUGUAUUAUCAUUUCUUGGCUACUGACCAGUCUGAAGAUAUCUUAUGUUGGAAAGAUCCUGACAAUCCAAAGCAUACGCGUUCAGCGUCUGUUACGGAAGACGGCCAGUAUGUGCUCCUAUAUACUUUCGAGACCUGUGAUCCUGUGAACAAAGUUUAUUAUUGUGACUUAUCUGCACUUCCAGACGGGCUUGAAAAUUAUAAAGAAACAAACAAUCUGCUUCCCUUUGUGAAGCUUGUUGACAGUUUUGAUGCUUCUUACCUAGAUGUUGCAAAUGAUGGUUCUGUUUUCACGUUCCGGACUAAUAAGGAUGCUCCAAGGUACAAACUUGUCCGAGUAGAUCUGAAAGUACCAACUUCUUGGACUGAAGUCCUUCAAGAAUCUGAAAAAGAUGUGCUCGAAUCAGUUGUUGCUGUCAAUGGAGAUCAAAUUGUCGUUAGUUAUUUGAGCGACGUAAAGAAUGUUUUACAGAUAAGGGACUUGAAAACAGGUUCUCUCCUGCAUCAUUUACCAGUUGACAUAGGGACAGUGUGUCAGAUUUCUGCUCGGCGCAAGGAUAACAUCGUCUUUAUUCAUUUUACAAGCUUCCUUGUCCCUGGCAUUAUUUACAAAUGUAAUCUAGGAGGUGGGGCCCCAGAAAUCAGCAUAUUCCGAGAAAUCAUAGUUCCUGGUUUUGAUCGGUCCCAAUUUGUAGUUAAUCAGGUUUUUGUGCCUAGCAAUGAUGGUACUCUGAUCCCAAUGUUUGUGGUGUCAAAGGAGGACAUUUCCUUGGAUGGAUCAAACCCUUGUUUACUGUACGCUUAUGGUGGUUUUGAUAUUAGUAUUACACCAUCAUUUAGUGUUUCUCGUAUAGUGAUUGCAAGACAUUUGGAUGCCAUAUUCUGUAUUGCAAAUAUUCGUGGUGGCGGAGAGUAUGGAGAAGAAUGGCAUAAAGCUGGAUCCCUCGCAAAAAAGCAGAAUUGUUUCGAUGACUUUGCUUCUUGUGCUAAAUAUCUUAUAUCUACUGGUUAUACGCAACCUAGAAAGUUGUGCAUUGAAGGUGGGAGCAAUGGUGGGCUGCUUGUUGGGGCUUCCAUCAAUCAGAGACCUGAUCUUUUUGGCUGCGCUCUUGCCCAUGUUGGCGUUAUGGACAUGCUUAGAUUUCACAAGUUCACUAUUGGCCAUGCAUGGACCUCUGAUUAUGGUUGUUCUGAGAAGGAGAAAGAGUUUCAUUGGCUUUUCAAGUACUCACCACUGCACAAUGUUAGAAGACCAUGGGAACAAUCUCCUGAUCAGGUUUCUCAGUACCCCGCCACAAUGCUAUUAACAGCUGAUCAUGAUGAUCGAGUUGUGCCGUUGCACUCACUGAAGUUUUUGGCGACCCUGCAAUAUGAACUCUGCACUGGUUUGGAGAGCAGUCCUCAGACCAACCCAAUCAUCAGUCGUAUCGAACGGAAAGCUGGACACGGAGCUGGUCGUCCGACACAGAAAAUGAUUGAUGAAGCUGCAGAUAGAUAUGCCUUCAUGGCAAAGGUUUUGGGUGCAACCUGGGUAGAUUAGUGGGUGGCUCUGCGAAAAAGAUUGGAAUGUGAUUUUCUGACGAGGCUGGAGAUGGACGCUAUCCCCACACUGAACGGAUUUUUGUGCGCCAACUUUUUGGAUCAGUAGAUACUUUCUGGGGCCUGUGUUCUCCGUCCCUCUACACCUGGCAUGUUUGCCCUCUCAUCAUUCUUAGCUGGAAGUAGCCCACUAUACGGUCCAAUAUGGUAGGAACAGAUACGGGUAGGCUGAUGCGCGUCUACUUUGAUCACACUCAACUUCGAUGUACAAACUCUGUAAGGCAUCGACAAUAUUGCCAAAUGUUUAGCUUAAUUAUGAUCGCCCCCUAUAAUCCUGAAAUUUACAAAUUAUC